CUUCUACGUCAAUGACACUGGGCGGUUCAUGAAUGGGGUUUUGAAGUGGGAGGGCCCGUCAUCUGACUUUACAAGGCAGGGGGGGAAAAGUGGGUGUUGUGCUGUGCUGUUUAGUUCGGUGCGAUGCGCCUUCAUGACUGUUUUUUAAACACACGAGCAGCGGUUCACUGUGUUCACGGACUACAGUGGAGGGAUCGGCCCCGAGCAGCGCCAGCAUCCAUCGGCUGAGACGUGCAGGCCAGCAGCAGGGGGAAGCUAACUCCAACCCCGCCAGACUGAGAGACGGUAGCCCGGAGCUCGAGAAGCCAGAGUCGUGUCGGUGAGCCAUGGGUUUCCGCAAGAAGAACAAGAGCCCGCCGGUGCUGAGCCACGAGUUCGUGAUCCAGAACCACGCCGACAUGGUUUCGUGUUUGGCCAUGAUCAUCCUCCUGGGCCUGAUGUUUGAGGUCACAGCAAAGUUUGCCAUCAUGUUCAUCACAGUCCAGUACAACGUAACUCAAGUUCUUGAUGAGAAAAGUGAGCCGGUGAACCUUUACCAGUACGGCCCUAAAGAUGUGGCCACCGUGUUCUUCUACCUGCUUAUCGCGGUCAUCCUUCAUGCCUUGAUACAAGAGUAUAUUCUAGACAAAAUGAAUAGGAGGUUGCACCUGUCAAAAACCAAACACAGCAAGUUCAAUGAGUCUGGACAGCUUGCGGUGUUCUACCUGUUCUCCUUCAUCUGGGGCUGCAGCAUCCUAACAGCGGAGGACUUUGCAACAAAUCCUACUUUCCUAUGGGAGGGUUAUCCACACACUCACAUGGUUUUUCAGGUCAAGUUCUUCUACAUUUGCCAAAUUGCCUAUUGGCUUCAUGCACUUCCUGAGCUGUACUUUCAAAAAGUACGGAAGGAAGACAUCCCCCGCCAGCUUUAUUACAUUUGCCUUUAUGUUGUCCACAUCACUGGUGCCUAUGUCUUAAACCUCCACCGACUGGGCCUGGUGCUGCUGGUUCCUCACUACCUGGUGGAGCUUCUGUUCCAUGCUUCGCGCCUCUUCUACUUCAGUGACGAGAACAAGCAAAAAGGUUUCACUCUGUGGGCGCUGCUUUUUGUCAUCGCCCGCCUCCUCACCCUCACGCUGUCUGUUCUGACAUUUGGCUUCGGCCUGCCCCGCACAGAAAACCAGGGCUUUUCCCUAGCAGAUGGCAACUUCAACGUGCUCACCAUAAGGAUGACUUGUCUGGCAGCUAUCUGCCUGACACAGGCCUGGAUGAUGUGGAAAUUCAUUAACUUCCAGUUGAAAAAGUGGAGAGAGCACAGCCAGAACCAAGCCUCAAAGAAGAAGACAGUCAGUCCAAAGAGCAAGCCUCACAAAAGGGAACCGACAAGGGGGGGUGCUGCCAAUGGGGUUGUCAAGUCUGAAGAUAAAACGUCACCACGGGCAAGAAAAGCCAAAGCUUCAUAGAGACGGAGGAGUCGGAGGGUAAAAAUGAGUUGAGGGAGUUCUGACAAUGUGACAUUAUGUCUUUACACAACUUUGAAUUUUGUCUACUGCUCUCCAAAACAAAUGUUAAAGCGCACGAAGAAACCUUAUGUAACUGUCCCUUUUGCAGAUGAAUCUCCUUUCGGAAAAAGUUCAGUGUUAUGUCCGCUAGAAGUGUUUAUUAUUCAUUUGGAUUCACUGCAGAUUGGAUGUUGGCAGGGGAGUGCUGGUUGUGAUGCUUUAACAGGAUGGAUUUAGCUCUUAAAAAGUGUCCUUUUGUGUAAAAUUGCGAUCACUCAUCGGGUACUUUAAACUGAGUUGCUCUUCAGUAAUUUGACGUCGAAUAAGUUAACUUCACACUAUCUAUCAAAGCCAAUUUUGACUUCAGGGCAACUUAAUAUAAAGUGUUAGUGUUCUCAGUAACUGUACAGGGUGUCAUUUUUAAGUUUGGGCCUUUAUUCAGUUAAAGUCGCAAAACAGGCCACUGCCUCAUGUCCUGAAAUAAAAGCCUUUCUUGCUCUGCAAGACAGCACUAUAAUAUUCUGCUGUUGUCAGGAAACAAUCCUAAAUUCAUCACUCCAGAGGAAUAUUUGUGCUACUUGGGUAUUAGGAACAACUGCUGCCAGGAAAGUGAAGCUUGUACUUUAACUCCUUGAUCAUUUACUGCCAUUAUUUGACAGCCUCUGCCAUUGAAAUCCGACAUGUUACAGGAUUGAGGCACUUUAUCUUUUGGAUUGCUUUUAUUACUAGCCUGGUAGGCAGCCUGUUAGGGCUCAUCCAGGUUAGAAGACUUACUAAGCGGAAGCUGUACUGUAACCUCUGAUGCUGUACUGUAUGCAUACAGUUAAAUCUUCAUAACAGCAUGAUUGGAAAUUCUAGCAAGAAGCUACGUUUGAGACUGCACUUGAGUCUUUUAUAUGGAUGUUAAUGCAUGAUGGUUAAAGGCUAAAGACUUUCUGGCUAGUUCCUACCUGUGAUGUUGAGUUUGCAUCUCUCUCACACACUAUCGCAAACACACACACACACACACACACACACACACACACACACACACACACACACACACACACACAUACACAUAGACAAACACACAAGCAUUCAGUGGCCUUUUUACAACUGCUGCAAGAGGUUUCAUUUAUUUAUUUUUGUCAUAUAUUACAGAUGUUAUUACUUUAUAUGCUUUGAAAAGCUAUAACCAGCAAACACAGCGGUACAUAGCAACUGCAUUCAGUUAAUCCAAACAAUACAAUCUUUCUUCAAGUGUCCUUAUAAUGUUGGUGGUUUAUAUCACUGGUUCUGCUUGUGUUGUGUUCUGUUUGCCUUCUCUCUUUGCUUUUUUUAAUUCUUGGGUAUCAGGGGACUAGCUCUUCACCACUUACACCAUAAGUUAUAUCCCAUGGUGCAAUGGGAGGCGUGUUUGUGAGGGACCGUGUUUGUACGCCUGUGCACUUACUUGUGUGUACAAUAUUGUUUUGCCUGUGUACGUUUGUGAAUUAACUGGGCCUGACUGAUGAUGAUGGUGACAACGAUGUUUAUGGCUUGUCUCGUAAAACAAAUUAUUGCCUGUGUGCAGAGCAUGAAAUGUGACAAUCUGUUCAUUGACUCCUGCCCGUUGGUUGUAUUUCACAAUCAUAUCCUGUGCUUUACUUCUCUUCGGUUGGGCCCGUCUCGGCUCCCAACACGCUUUUCUGUGUGUAAAACACUUGAGUUGUGGAUAGGUGUGUGUCCUAUAGGUUGUUGGUUACUAAAUGCUUAUGUGUUCAGUGUCCCUGCCCCUCAGAUGCUCUAUCCUGUGUGAGAGAGACUCUCCGUUUGCCAAAUGUGGCAUGUUUCGUCCUUGCUUCACCUUUUCAAUGAUUGUGACAUUGCUACGGAGCACACAUAUUGUACUGCUGGUCGUACUCUGUCCCUCUCGUGGGUCAAGUCCUGCUCCGCUACUAAACCACUGUGCAUGUGAAGCUCAGUGCAGAAAAGACUGUACUACUGCAGACAGUUGGAGUUGGGAGUAGCGAGGAGAUAAAGAUGCCAUUCCCUUUUUUUCUCCCUUUAGCGCUCCUUAUUGGGAGUUUGGUUGUCUUUAAAGCCCUACGUUAGUGUAUGGCAGUGUCAUAGGAGGGAAGGAAGAGCAGAGGACUUAUGUACCAGCCUGUUAUUAAACUGUCUCAGAUGUAAAAGAUAAAACAACUGACUUAACACUACACUGUACUUAAAUAUGUGUCAGAUUUUUAAGCUAUUUUUAUAGAGGGAAAACUGUUGAAACUCACUGUUGUUCAGUACAUUCGUGUGAAUAUUUGUUUUGCAUCCAUAUUAUGAAUCGUUUGUUCUU